AUGAAGCCCAUCACCACACUCGCCGCUACGCUCGCUUCGGUCGGCUUCGUCCGAGCUCAUGUCGCCGCUUUUACCAAGGGCAUGUACUGUCUCAACGGUACACAACCGGGCGUGGAAGACCUAAACACCAACACCGUCGUAAAUCCGCUAUUCCAGCUCCCAAAAAACCAAUGGUGGAUGCAGCACGACCGCGGCUGCGACUCGGAACAGGUCGCACCCAGCCCCGGAGAUUUCCUCGACCUCCCGGCCGGAGGAUCCUUUACCGUCGAGCUGGCUUCCAACCGCGCCCAAUCAUCCCUUUCCUACGACGGUAAAUUCACCUCGGAGUGGCCGGACGGAAAGGAUCACCCGGAGGAUUGGCACAGCCCGUCUCCCGAUACCUGUCUCAAUGCUAAUCCCGAUAAGUUGGGAGGCGCCAUGCAUACUCACAACGAAUCCACCGCAGCCGGCACGGCUUUCGCUAUCUCCUACAACUCGGAUCUCUCCAAGGUGACGAUGGAGAACUUGGUGGUAUUUACCCUAUUAGAGCACACGCCUUGGAAGCGCAUUGCUACUUAUCAGGUACCUCAAGAUAUGCCGCCAUGCCCCGAAGGCGGCUGCUACUGCGCGUGGCUCUGGGUUCCGGACGGAUGCGGAGAGCCCAACAUGUACAUGCAAAACUUCAAGUGUCGAGUCACCGGCUCUACUUCGAACAGAACGCUCGCUCCCGCCAAGCCACCGGUAUAUUGCGCCGACGGAACGACACCUUGCGUCCCCGGCGCGAAGCAGAUGAUUGCCUGGAAUCAGGCCGAAGGAAACAAUGUCGAGACUCCGGCCGGCGUGUCUCCGGGAUAUAACCAGAAGAUGGGUUGGCAGCCGGGCGCGCAGAAUGAUAUUUUCCAGUAA